UUUCCAUUUGUAGCCUACAAGAAAAAAACUCUCCCUUUUCCUUCGGCCCCAUAAAAACCUCCGCUCCCAAACAAAAAGCUCGCGAAAUCCCCUCACCAACUCCUCCUCCGCCUACCACGGGCAGCGCCGCCCUGCCGGCGCUAGCCCCAUUCCUCUUGCUCCCGCCUCCGCCGCGUUCCGGGCAUGGACGUGCACCCGGCGAAUGCGACCGCCAACUCCCUGGGAGACUUGUUCCCGCACGAGACCGCCUUGGAAAGUGAUGACAGCAGCCUAGAGUGGCUCUCUGUCUAUGUAGAGGACUGUUUUUCUAGCUCUACAUCCUACCCACAUCCUGUCUUCGCAAAAACAGCGCCUACAAUGGCUGGGAAAACGAAGUUACUGCCACCUUCAUCUUCCAAUGCCAAAAGAAAGAAAAGGAGCCUGGCCUCUGUUAUGAGCGAUGACGAUGAGCAACAGUAUAUCAUCCCAUUGUUUGUUGAGCCACCUCUACUCCUAAUUGAUCAGAAACAUUGGAUGGCAGAGAGUGAGCUGAUCCUCCCCAAGAAAGACAAAGACCAAGAACUUUGCCAACAACAGGAGUUAAAACAGGAGGAAGAGAAGUGCGAGAAGGGUGCAGUGAUACAGUUCCAGCGAGAGCGGCUGGUGAAGAGAUGUAGCAAUUGUUUGUCUUACGAAACACCACGAUGGAGGCAUGGUCCAUCAGGACUUAUGAUGCUGUGCAAUGUGUGUGGCCUGAGGCUAAAGCCAGAGAAUGGGUUCACCACCAUUUCCAAGAAGCAAUGUGGCCAAGGAACCAACAAGGAACAAAGGCUAGGGAAACAGCGAGAUAAGAAGAUCAAGAAGACUGCAAACCCCAUCGAGGAGCUGCCACUGGAGCAGCCAGCGAAGAGGUGCACCCAUUGCAUGUCCUCCAAGACCCCGCAGUGGAGGGCCGGUCCUUUGGGGCCUAAGACUCUAUGCAAUGCGUGCGGUGUGAGGUUCAAGUCUGGCAGGCUGCUGCCGGAAUAUAGACCCGUCAACAGUCCAACUUUUGUGAGUGACAUGCACUCCAAUUCUCACAAGAAGGUCUUGCAGCUGAGGCAGUCCGUUGCAGACAAGGGGAACUGAGAUGAUGGUCAAGAACAAUCAUCUCCUGAAUCUGCUGCCGCAUUGGAGCUUAGAGGCUCUGAGAUCGUAGUCUAGUUGAUGCCGAGAAAAUGAGAGCAGAAGCUGUUUAGGUCUCGGUGGAACUCUUAGUUAGCUCUAGCAGUGUUUUAUUUCAGAGACCGAAUUGCUAGGUGUUUGAGAUGUUAAAUUCAAUACCGUUUGGUGGUUGCUCCAAUACUAUCCUGAACUAUGCUAUGUUUCAUGGCC